AUGCCACCUCCAACACUUGCAGAAGCUGAGCAAUUUUUAAGGACUUCAAAUAUUGAGGAAUCGAUUUUGGAGCGGCUCGGAGAGAUGUUGGUGACCAAAAUGGAUGACUAUCACCUAAUCACUAAUCAACAAACCGCUGAAGCCGUUUGGGUUGUGCUUACCGAGGCUGGAAGACGUGGGAGGAUUAGUGAGAACUUGGGAGAUGAUGUGACAGAGAAGAUGAGCAAUGUUUUUGAGAAAAUCCGUUGCCGCCUAUGUGCUCAACUCGAGACAAUCCAAUGGUCCUAUGAUGAAAUCGUCGAUUUCGACGUCAAAAUUUCGAAAAUUCACAAAUCGUCGCUUUUCGAAAAUCAUGGGAAUUCUCCGAGAAUUGGCGUGGAUCUGAAAAUAGUUUCAGCCGGAGAAACGGAAGUUAAAUCGAUUUUUCUAGAUUUCAACGAAUCGCAAUUGGAAGAAUUCAUUUGGAAACUAAAGGAGGCCAAAGCGAUGAGGGAGAGAAUUCAGAAGACGUUGGGAAAGACGACGAAGAAAUAA